AUGUCUUCUUGCUUCUGUUGCGAUGCCAUCCGGCCGUACCGUCCCCAGCACCUCGACCACGAGGCCAAGUUUACCAGCUUCAUGGCCUGGGUGCACAAAGAGGAAUCCAACUCUACGCCUGUACCUAAGGUUGAGUCAACCGAUCUCAACGAGAUUCAUCCAUCUUUUGCAGUCCAGCUCGUGCGACAGGUGAACUUCGGCCCUCUCGAAAGCAAGAGGUACUUCAUCGCCCUCUCAACUGCCUCAGAUGCAUUUAAGGAAGUCACCGAAAGUGACCUGAUCAGGGCCAACUUCCAAAAGCUCAAUGCCCACAAGAACUUCGGUGUGACGCGCACAACCGGUUCUUUGAGGUGA